AUGGGUCCCAGAAGACCUAGUUCGGCGACAGAUGUCGACUCACGUAUGCCGUUCGCAUCGGCGGAGGCGCUGCUAUGGGGGCCAGAGAUGAAACAACAGCACGCCCACCUGCUCACGGAGAUGCGAACACUUCAGAAGCAUCAUGAAGAAUACGAAGCCCGCAUCAGAUCUACCGAACACGUUGCAGAGGCUGCCGAAGCUGCUACGUCGAGGGUCCGUCACUUGGAGCAACAACUUGCAGCGAUCGAAGCCGAAGAUGACGACAAGGCUUUCGAGAAGUGGGCAGCAGGCGAGAUGACACGCCUCGGCAUCUUCGUCGACACGAACAAGCACGUCAGGCAGAAGCAGAUCGAGCUGGAUAAUGUCGUUUCUCAUGCUGUGGACGAUCUGGACAAGCUCAAACAGGUCCCCAGGGAACUGAAUGGUGUUCUUCGACGUCUUGAUCUUCUCGAAGCUGGUCGUAAUCAAGACGCGCGUCGGAUCAAAAGUUUAGAGCAAGAAGUCACCCGGCUCAAAUCUACGCGGCAGGAUCCCAAGUCCAAGUCCAAGUCCAAGUCCAAGUCCAACACCGCUGGCCCACAGACCGUUUCCAGGCCUCGGCAUGGCAUGCUGGGAUCCGUGACACCGUCUCAGUUAUUCAAUGCCGGAACUUCAGAAGUAACAAGUGACACGGACGAUGAAGACCUGAUACUCAUGCCUGGGUUUGCACGUGAAGAAAUUCAAGUACCCCAGAGUCCAGAGAUGAGAGAAAGGCCUAUUCAACCAGUAUACGCUGCUCCCGUUGCAACGCAGCUGGUCCAUCACAACCGCCCGACUCAUCCUUCGGCUCCAGCUCCAGUGCCAAUUCCUACGCGAAAGCCUCGCCCACGUGCCAGAGUCGCUCCGCCUCCAACGCAGCUGACCGGCAACGCCAUUACACGAAAGCGAAAGCAGCCUACGAAGGAGCCUCAGACCCAAAGGCUGACUCGCGCUCAAGCCAAGAAGAUUCAAGAACAGGAUGCUGAAGAGCGAAAGUCGCAUGUAACAGGUAGCGAAUCACUCCUCCCACCAACACAGUUGGUCGAGCCAGCUCUUUCAUUGCGCAAGAAGCAAAAGACUGCCCAUGAUCAAGGAUUAGACGAUAUCAAGACCAGAUCCAGCACAGCGAUUCGGCCCACCGGUAGAGCUCCUGCGACCGCAAAGCGCAAUGCUCCUGCAAAUCAAAGCAAGAACACGGCGAUUGAGCCUACUCAGUUGGUCACGAGAAGCCCUAUCAAGUCAAAAGUACCCAAGGCCACCACUGCGCCUAUCAGACUACCCUCACCAUUUCAAUGGAGUACUGCGAAUGAACCGAAGGAAAAGUCGCUCAUUGUCAUUCUACGCAGUCCACAAAAAGCGAAAAGAAUUGAACAUAGCGAGAGCGAUGAUAUGCAAACUACUGUAGCAGACAGAGCUAAGAAGUCACCUCGCAAGGCAGCAGCACCACCACUAUCACGUUUGAAAGCCAUUCCUAAGCCUCCGAGUUCGCGCAAUACGGGCAGCCGAGCUGAGCCAGUUGUUAGGUCUGGCACUAGAAAAAAUCCUCCUAGGACGAAACAAGAGGUAUCGGAACUCGAUGAUUUUUGGUAUCCAUCGGAAGCAAACGAGCCUCAUUGA